AUGAGUGGACCGCGGCAGCGUUUUGACGCAGUCACCGCGCACGUCUUGCGCAGCGGGCUCAGCGUCGACGCUCGCGCUGCUCCCGCACCCUGUCUGGAAGAGAUCGUUUUGGGGGAUUCCGCGCAGGCGUGGAGUGCCGCGGGCUUUCACACGCAGACCUCGCACGCGGGUGUGAACCAAGUGCGCCUGGGUGGGUUGAUCGUCACGCUCACGGGCGUCGGCAAUGGAUUAUCCGGCCUCCUGUUCAGUCUUGCCCAGGGGAGCUCGAGCGCGAGCUCCAAGGAGACUUCCGUUGGUGGUGUAACGGUCCGCUCGGUGGGCUCCAGAAGGCGAGACACCGUCGCAACUGUGGAACAUCCAAACGGCGUUCAGUUUUUGGGUGAGCUCGUCAUCUACGCGCAGGAUCUGGACGGCAUCGUGGAGGCCUUCGCAAACGCAGGCGUCGCCACCCACGGAGGUGCCGCACCCAAGGCGAUGAAGGGGGGCACCCACGCCUGUGCGACAUAUUACUUACGAGGCCUGCGGAUGCUGGUCGUCGGCCCGCUGGACCCGACGCACCCCGCGAGUGAGAACCCGCCGCUGUGGAUGUUCGGCCGCGGCGUGCACGGCGCCGUUGAGCUCACAGGUUGGCUGCCCGUUUGCAGAGACAUGGGGUUGUUGGAGGCAUCGUUGGACGGAAGGCUCGGCCCACAGAGGAAGGCGGCGCAGAGAGGGAGGACAGUCGCAACUUUGAGGAGCGGCGCCAUUCAGGGUCUGACUGGCACCUUCGCUUUUCUCAGCGACGGGGACGGCCCUCUCUUCUAA